AUGACUUGGUUAUUAAGCGUGAGAGCAUUGUGCCUCGUGGCCGGCGUAGCAGUCUAUCCAGCCGCUUGGAACGAAGCGACAGUUCAAGAAACCUGUGGGCCUGCCGCCGACCAAUAUAACAUAGGUCGUUGUCAGGUCCGUUGGGCAUACUUGCUGGCCAUCAUCGGGUGUUUGGACGGAAUCGUGUUGGCCGCGCUGGCCUUCAUCCUGGCAACGAAGCAUGUGAGGCUGCAACCAGACACCAGUUACCCAUCGCCUUCACUCUACAAGGGUGAAGUGAACAACGCGUACGUCACGGAUGCGACAUCUGUAGCCGGUUCGCGUAAAUCUUUAGCGCUGCAGCCCGUCCUGAUAAUGCACCCCCACGCACCGCUAGAUGUCGACACUUACUCGCACUACUCCGGCAGAACCGCCCGCUCCAAGCAUGGCAUGUAUGCCAAUUCUAUGCAUAACUAUUAG